AUGUCAAACAUUGAGUUUGAAACAGUUAGAAAGAUAGACAAUGACACCAAAGUGGUUAGAAUAGGUGAUUUAAACGUAAGAUACUCAAAGAAAUACAACAAAUAUUCUUUGUCAGACAUUAUAUCUCCAUCUGAAAAGAAAACAAACCACUGGGUUAGAAAUGCUUCUACUCAGAAAAUUUUGACAAGAAAUCCUGAGCUUAUGAUAUCGGUAAGAUUCUAUGGAACUGCAGCAUAUCUCAUCGACAAAAGUCUUAUACCAAUAGUUUGUUUAUGGUUAGACCCAGUUGUUGGAUAUAACUUCAUAACAUAUGGUUCAUUCGAUACGGAACGUUGCAGUGAAGGCUUACUUUACAUCGUUCAGAAACCGAAGGACUUCAAUACAAAGAGAUAUAAGAUAGGAAGAACAUAUAAUAUAACUCAAAGAUAUGACAGUACAGUCAAUAGAGUCAAGGUUGU